AUAAAGCCUGCAUAGAUGCCAAAUUAUAUGGACCAGAAUCUCUUAGAUUACAUACAAAAAUUAUCAUCAAUCUUCUUUAAAAUGAGCACAAUUUGCAACAAUCAGAGUUCUUUCAUUUUGUCACAAAAUAAUAUUUGGAAAAACAUCGAAAAAACCGGAAGGAAAUCGGUUCGAUUUCAAUAUGUUACUCCUUCUGCCUCAUUAUCCUACCAAAGUAGUACUAAAACUGCUAAUAAAAGUUGUAGUAGUUUUAGUAGUACUGGGAAAUUUGGGAAAUUUGGUGGGAAAUAUGUGCCUGAACUUUUAGUGACAUGCUUGAGUGACCUUGAAGAGGAAUUCUACAUGGCUCUUAAUGAUGCCAAGUUUCAGGAAGAGCUAGGGACGGCUCUUAGGGACUACGUAGGACGGGAAACAGCCUUGUACUACGCGGAAAGGCUAUCUGAACAUUAUAAGGAUAAAGACGGGUAUGGGCCGGAGAUAUACAUAAAGAGGGAGGAUCUCAACCACGGAGGUGCUCACAAGAUCAACAAUGCCCUUGCGCAAGCCAUGCUCGCCAAACGUAUGGGGCGUAUGAGCAUUGUCACGGCUACUGGUGCUGGCCAGCAUGGGGUCGCCGCUGCGGCUGUGUGCGCCAAGCUUGGUCUAUCUUGUACUGUUAUCAUGGGUAGAUUGGAUAUAGAGAGACAGCCAACUAAUGUGCGCCUCAUGAAGCUACUAGGGGCACUGGUCAAACCAGUAGACGGGAAUUACAAAGACGCAAGUUCAGAAGCAGUCCGAGAAUGGGUGGGUAACUUAGACACAAGCUAUCACAUGCCGGGUUCGGUUAUCGGGCCACACCCGUGCCCAACGAUGGUCCGGGAAUUCCAAUCGGUCAUAGGGAAGGAAGUGAGGAAACAAGCAAUGGAAAAAUGGGGUGGGAAACCGGAUGUUCUGGUGGCGUGUGUAGGAAGCGGGUCAAAUGCAAUGGGUUUGUUCCAUGAAUUCAUAGAAGACGAGGAAGUGAGAUUGGUCGGAGUAGAGGCUGCCGGGUUUGGGUUGGAAACCGGGUAUCACUCGGCUACUUUGUCUAGAGGAGAAGUUGGUGUUUAUCAUGGAUCUAUGAGCUACUUGUUACAAGAUGAUGAAGGUCAAAUCGUCGGUCCGUAUUCAAUCGGAGUUGGGUUAGAGUGUCCGGGGGUUGGACCAGAGCUCAGCUACCUCAAGGACAACGGGCGAGCCGAGUUCCAUGCAGUCACAGACGAAGAGGCCCUACACGCAUACAAGAGGUUGUGCAGAUUAGAAGGAAUUUUCCCGGCAUUAGAAGCCUCGCAUGCAUUGGCUGCCCUUGAAAAACUGUGCCCUAAUCUACCUCAUGGCACCAAGGUUGUAGUUAACUGCAGUGGACGUGGUGACAAGGAUGCCGCCACUGUUCAGAAGCUCGACCAGCUGCGCUUAUCUACUGCAAUGGUGAGAGAAAACAAUACAUCAAACAGCUCCAAACAGCUCCAAACAGCUAUACACUGACUGCAGAAAUAUGUAAUCAGAAGAAAAUAAAAGUUUCGGCAUAAAGAAUACAAAGGUCCUAUGCUAGGGUUGAAAAGAAAGAUAUUCAGUGCAGGUCGGUUAGUAGAAAAGUGGUUAUACCGACCCGACCCGACCCUGACCCGGCUCAUUGCACAACUGACUGCAGAAAUAUUCCAUCAGAAGAAAAUAAAAGUUACGGGGAAAAAACAAUACAUCAAACAGCUCUAAACAGCUAUGCAUCACCGACUGCAGAAAUGUUCCAUUAGAAGAAAAUAAAAGUUUCGACAUACAGAAUACAAAGGUCCUAUGCUAGGGUUGAAAAGAUAGAUAUGCAGUGCAGGCCGGUUAAUAGAAAACAGGUUACACUAACAUAUUGGCUAAAUAUGUAAUCAAGUUCAUGAUGGCGGUCUUCCCCUUCAUGAAAAAUGGGUCACGACCUGGUCCAGCCCGUUUAAGACUGAUAUUGAUCCAACUUGGCCCGACCCAUUUAUUUUCUGACCCGGCCAUUGCACAGGUCUACAGUCAUAACAAAAGACAACAAAUAUUCAAAUUUCCUAGAGGAGAAAUAGUCAUGCGUUCCCAUAACUCUGUAUAGGUGGCUCGCUGCUGAAAUUCCAAAAUAUGUACUCCGUAAUAUGCAAUAUGUAAUUUCCAAAAUGUAAUAUGAAAUAUGUAAAUAUCCAAAAUGUGUAAUGACAUACGAGCUGAAUACACCAUUGGGAGAGGAGAAAUGCAAUACGGACAGAUAUCAUAAGAAGAAGAAACAUGAAACCUAACCUAACCUAACCUUAAUAAGAUUAAAGCCAACCUAACCUCAAGGUCUAAAACAUGAAACCACCUACACGGAACUCAACCUGGUCAUCCAUUGUCACCCAAAAAC